AUGGAGCCUUUUGCAAUACCCGAGCAACCCCCAGCACUCCCUGUUGCGAAGACGUAUAUUUACAAGACAGUUGGGGAAAUACUCAUUCCUAUUAAUGUAUAUCUGCCUAAGGCUCUGGGUGUCGCUUGCCCGAUCAUGCUGUUCAUCCACGGUGGUGGUUGGUUAGGUAGGAGUCGUUCUGACUACUGUCGCCCCCUCUUCCAACACUUCCUCUCCCUCGGGUUCAUAGUCACCUCUAUAGACUACCGG